AAACUAUGUAUAAAUUUUGUUGAUAAAAAUUUCAAUUUUUACGCUUGUGGUAUAAAAUUAUUACUUACCCAUUUUCUACGGAUACACGGGCUGCUGUGCAGUUUAGUGACAGUGUGCCAGCCACUGCAUCUAGUUUGAUAAGAAGUUUGAUUGAGUGCGGUACUGAUAUCAUGUUUACAAUGGCUCAUACAAUGUAUUUAAUAUGAAAUUAGUAUUCUACUGAAAAGUGUUAUUAAAUUACAUUAAUUGCUAAUAUUUGUGCCUGUAUUAUAUUUAUUUAUAAGUAUACAAAUAAGUGCAUUAUAAAUAAAAUGUGAUUAAUGAUGUUCUUCAAUUAUGAAUCAAAAAAUAUUGGUUUAUGCGGAACCCGGUACAUUUUAUAUUUCUUGACAACUGUGUGGAUAAGAGAGUUUGGAUAUGUGGAAUCUCUUCGGAUUUUGGCGCGAUCGAUUCCGCGCCAAGCAGUGAGGUUACAACAUCCGCACACUGUGACGUUAGAGCCCACUCGCUUACAGGUUCACAAAUGUCUACUGCUUCACCGGUGUAGUUACACGGAAACCAAUGGCUUCAAGGCCCGUAACGAUUAUUAUAAUCAAAAUAGUGAAUAUAACAAAUCCUUAAAUAGCCAUGUAAGUGAAGGUACAUUUGGAGUCACUUUAAGACCGUACUAUUUAAAACAAACAAAAUCUGAAAAUACAACGAAUAACAGUAGUUCUAUAAACUCAUAUACUCAGAGGAGUGAAAUAUUCGACUAUCCGAUUAAUGAUGGAAUUGAGAAUCAUCUAUAUCUUGCAACAACUCCAGUAUAUGAUAUGGCCCCAAAACUACAACAAAAAUUAAAACAAAUUGUUGUGAAUAAGAAGAACAAACGUAUUAUCCAUAAAAUGAACAGAAAGCAAGUUUUGUUUGAGUCUAGUGAAUCGUCAACACGAGCUCAACGUACAAUUGGUUUUACCGGUACAGAUAAUGUAACAAAAAAUCCUGUACCAGCACACACGUUAAAAGAAGACAUAAAUAAAAUUAAUCGAAAGAAAUUAUUAUUCAAGGAAUUUAAGCGCGGUUUAGAUCAACUUGAGAGAAAAUUUUACACGGUGACAUUCACAAAGCUCACCAACGCGACUGCUGGCGAGAGCCGAGCUGAAAAUGCGAUCAGUUUCGUCCAGUCCGGGCUGUUCCUGCAACUCCUCCUGCUCGCCAUCUCAGUUGAAAGGGCUCCCGAUGUGAAGGCGAAAAUUGACACUUGCAUUGGAUUACCAAAGAACCUAUCAAACACAGAAAGAAUACAACUCAUAGAUGAUGUAGUGUCGAUGUUACCCAAUUCCACAUACGGCCUUAUAUUCCGCUGGUCUUCACGCUUGAUCUUGGGGCCUGAGUAUCACGUAAGCGAAGAAUUCAAAAAUGGCCCGGCAGCUGCUUUACGACUUCACGUGGAUCAGUUUAAUGGAACUGAGUCGCCCGAAAUGCUUACUGUGUCUCUCAAUCGAAUGGUGGAAGAGGACUCCAAAGGCGCUAUCCACAAUACAUUUGAGCCAGAUGACGUAUCAGGGACCAUCACCGCUAUCUUCUUUACUACAAUUUACCUUCGUAGUCGCUGGCGUACGGCUCCGACGGUCCUCAACGGUUCUAGGCCCUUUAGGGAUUUCUAUGAAGACCGUGAUAGGACUAUCCGCAUGAUACGCAUUAAUGACAUGAUGCGGUACGCCAAUCUUACUGAAUGUGAGGCCGAAGCUCUUGAAGUUUUCUAUGGGAAGCCAGGUCUUAGUCUUCUCAUUUUGGUGCCACAAGGAUCUUCCCUGAGAAGACUGGCCGCGUACGUGGCAGAGGUCGGUCUGACAGUCAUCACAGGGCGAAUGCAGACGAUGCGCGUUGCGGCGGAUCUACCACUCUACACACUGCGAAUGUCGCUGCUGCUGCCUAAUAAACUUGAGGGUUUAGGAUUGCCAGACCUGCUUUACAACGACAACACCACGGACAGAGAUCUGAAAAUGUCGCAUGGAUUGCAGAGACUGAUGUUCUGGGCAGAAGCGGGACGGACCGCUUUCAAGGAUGAUGGUAUCGAGUGGGACGACUUACCUGACAUGAAGAUCGUCGUUGAUAGGCCGUACUUGUUUUUCGUACGAUGGCAUGAUAUGACUUUAAUGAAUGGCAAUUUUGUACUAUGAAUUUUAAUUUCAUUAGAUUAUCCAUUUAUCAGUAUAGACUCAAAAUGUUUUCAUAACCUUACGUCCGUGUUUGAUCAAUAUUCCCAGGUACGGAAAUAAUUAGUUAUGUUAUAAGUCUAAUUUUAUUAUAGGUAGGUACUUACAUUCCUAAAAUCAUAGCUAAAUCUUCAAUAAAGGAUGCUUUUAUGCUGAUCAGAGCCCCGGGACGUCGUAGCCUUAGAUUCGGGAUCACGCGAAAAUGAGAGAGGGAAGUAUAAAGAAGAUAUCUUAGUAUAUUAAACUCUAUACAAACCUACUCAAACAGAUUUAUACUGAAAAAUGCCACACCAAGUUUUUUAGUAAAUAAGGAUUUUAAUGAAUAAAACCCGCGAUGUGUUACUGUGUUUUAUUUUAUGGCUAGCAAUUUGAAUUAAUAAUCAUAAUUAUUAUCCUACAAUAACUCGUGUAAUGAGUAUUAAAUGAGUCCAAUCUCAUCGUUCAUAGUUAAGGACACCAGCAUCACUCUAAUAGCUGUUGGCAUGUCUAAUUGUUGUUGGCAUAGUCAUUUUGACGUUUUAAUAUUAUUAAUUAAUGUAUUACUGCACAUUUAUCCCGCCAGAGUACAGCACUGUAUGUUAGGUACACAAAAGCUUUUUUUAUGACCACAGAAGACCAAAUAAUGCAGAACAUAACCUAAAAUAAUGUUAUUAUUUUCAGAAUAAUCCAUUAAAUCCUUCCUUUUUUCAUUGCGAUUGCGUAGAAGGUAUUUUUGGUCGUAAAUCUGCAACAAUAUUGAAAAUAGGCACUUUUUGCCUCCAUUGGCAAUAUUUGUGUACCUUAGUUGUACCAGUAGCGCCAUCUGCGCUAAACUUUGCGUAAUAUUUAUGUUAUUUUUCCUCUUUUAGUUUAUUGGAAAGGUUGAAUUUUUUCUGGUGUCGUUAAUUAUGAAUUCGUAAAACCUUUAACUUGUUCAUAAGAUUACCUAUAAUAAAUUAAUCUUAUUUUUAAAAUGAUAAUCAAAAUCUUAAACACGUCAUAUUGAGUUGAGUCUAGCGGUGUGCCAGAAUAGGCAAGUCAAUCAGUCAGUCAGUACAAGACCGAAAUUUCUGACAACAGAGACUUCUGUUGGCACCUAAGGUCGGCACAUAACUAGUUGAGCCUACUUAACAAUGAAUAGUUAGGUAUAUUUUCGGAAUGUUUCCUAUGAAUUUAUUUUUAUGGACCAUUUUUAAUAGGCACAGAAUGCUAAAUGGUAUGUACCUAUACCCUAUUAAAAGUAAAAAGCACAUAAGAUAAAAUAAUAAAGACUAGGUAGUUUGCUACCACAGAAAAGGUGUGUCUAAUAAUAUUACAAAAGCAUAUUCUACAAGAAUAUAUAAAGCCCCUUGAAAAUACAUUGAAUAUGAAGCAUGCACAAAUAUCAUCUAUUUCAUAGAAUACUUAUUUGAACCUUGAAUUCCGAUAUUUCAAAAGGGCGAAAAUAAGUAUAACUUUGCGUAUUUUUUUUUUAAUUAAUCGAACGUGUUAUUCUGUACCGAAGCGCGAAAAUAAUUUAUGUAGUCUAUAUCUAUUGCCUCUCUGUAGUUGAAAUAGAAUUUAAUAUAAGGUGGUUUCAAAUAAUGUACGUACAGGGUGGCCAAAUAACAGGUAUACACUUUAGUUUUGUAAUUUUAUGACAUGAAAUAUAAUAUAUAUCAAGUAUUCCUUGUUAAAUAUAGUAUUUAGGGCCGGCAGUUAAACAUGGAAAAUAAUGUCGGACAAAUGUCCACCACUAACACCACCGCAGAUGGGAACCCUUUUCAUCGCGUUAUGUCAUCUUUGGCCUGUUACCAUAGACACGUCCCUUUAGAUAGUCCCACAAAAAAGUCAGGAGGCGAUCUUGGGGGCAAAUCAAUGUCACCGUUUCUCAAAUAUAAUCGAUCGAGAAACAUUCUUUUUAAUGUUUCGUAAACGUAAGAAAUCAUGGCUGAGAAACAUAAGGGAGUGGACUGGAAUCAACAGAGUGGAACACCUGUUUCGCCUGGUGAUGGACAAGGAGAAUUUUGCGGAACUGACGGCCAACCUCCAUUAAUGGAGAGGCACUACAAGAAAACGUUUUAAUAAUUAAAACAAGUAUUUCCGUCGUAAAACGCUAACAAAUUUGCCGUAUCUACACAAAGUAAUUUUCAUGCACAACUCUCAUAUUUACCGCCAAAACAAAAUGGCGGCAAGAAAAGUUGUAUACAUCAAAAUUGGCCACCUUGUACAUAUAAAUAAAUUUGCGAUUUCUGUGUCGCAUAGAUAUUUCAGGCAUAUUUGAAUAACCUUCCUCUAAAUUUCCAUGGAAUCAUAUUAUAUUAUGCAUUAAGAAAAACAAACUAUAUUUAAAUUUGUUUAGUUAAAUAGAACCUACUAAUAGAACAUACUACUCUAUAUUUAUAUAUGCGAAAUUUAAAAUUAUUUUUUAUUUUUACAUAUUGAGUAUAAAACAUUCUUCUAAAAAUAAAAUACGAUGAAGCAUAUUUCGUCGUUUCGUUCGUCAUGAAAUUCUUCGUUGCUGAGCAUAGCCUUGUCUAAUUUAUUUCCAUUGGUUGAUAUUUCAUGUACAAUCGGACUUUAACAACAAAAUAUAAUAACAGAUAUUAUUGCCAAUAAAUUUAAUUUUUGAACACAAAAUAAACCUGAUUUAGUAUAUUACAAGUAAAAAAAUAUAUAUAAAUAUAAAACUUAAUUUACGUUUUGCAAUUACAUAAAGUGCUUGUUGGUGGUUUAAUAGAAAAAAUCAGUUCCAUAUUUUUCUUAAAAAUUAUGUUAGACUAGGAUAGGUUGUGAAUACUUCAUGUGUAUUUUGGAAUACUGCUUCCUGAAAAUAAGAAAAAAAUAUAAUUAAGACUAACAAAAUAUUAUU